GUCCCCGCCGCGCCCUGUUGCGGGGUCUCCCAGCCCGUCCCUGGGGUCGCUGCGCCCUCCUCACGGGGUCCCUGUGCCCUGUUGGAGGGUCUCCCAGCCCUUCUCUAGAGUCUCCGCGCUCCCCUCCCGGGGUCUCCGCGCCCUGUUGCGGGGUCUCCCGGCCCUUCCUUGGGGUCUCUGUGUACUGCUCCGGGGGCAUCUCCGCGCUUCCAUCCCGGGGUCUUCAUGCUCUGUUCUUGGGGUCUCUGCGCCCUCCUUGGGGGAAUCUCCCAGCCCUUCCCUGGGGUCUCCCCGCGCCCCUCCCGGGGUCCUCGCGCCCUUCCCUGGGGUUUCCGCGCACCCCUCCCGGGGUCCGCGCCCCACUUGGGGGCACUGGCACCCUGGUGCUCAGCACGCAUGUACCCCAAAGCCCUCUGCUUUGUGUACAGCUCUCAAUUUCCCUUGAGAACCUUCGUCCGGGCGGGUGAGGAGUGAGAACUUAACCAGCCCAGGCAAGACCUCCGAUUCUGAAUCAGCGGAGUUAGCAGUGAGAGUCAUUCAUGAGGAUUAAGUCCGAAGAAGGAAGAAGUGCCCGGACAGGAGAUCUGUGUCGUGUGACCUCACAGAAGACGGCGAGAUGUCAGGCUCCUCACCGUUUCAGAUGCGACUCGUUCAUUUGGACCUGAAGGGAGCCCCGCCGAAGGUCUCGUACCUGUCAGAGAUAUUUCCUCUGUUCCGUGCCCUGGGUGCGAACGGCCUCCUCAUCGAGUAUGAGGACAUGUUUCCAUAUGACGGUCCCCUGAGGCUGCUGAGGGCCCGGCAUGCAUACAGCCCCUCUGAAAUCAAAGAGAUCCUGCAUCUGGCCACACUGAACGAGCUAGAGGUCAUUCCCUUGGUGCAGACAUUUGGACACAUGGAGUUUGUGCUGAAGCACAAGGCUCUGGCCCACCUCCGAGAAGUGGCGCUUUUCCCCAACACCCUGAACCCCCAUGAGGCGGAGUCCCUGGCACUGGUUGGAGCCAUGAUCGACCAGGUCAUGGACCUGCACCCGAAGGCCCGGUGGCUCCAUGUCGGCUGCGACGAGGUCUACUACCUCGGGGAGGGCGAAGCCUCAAGACGGUGGCUGCAGCAAGAGCAGAACACCAAAGCCAAGCUGUGUCUGUCCCACGUGAAGGCAGUGGCCAGCCACGUGUUGGCCCGGCACCCCGCCACGACGCCCCUGCUGUGGGACGACAUGCUGCGGGGUGUCCCCGAGGACCAGCUCACAGCGUCAGGGGUGCCGCAGCUGGCGCAGCCCGUGCUCUGGGACUACGGGGCCGACCUGGACGUGCACGGCAAGGCCCUCCUCAUGGAGAAGUACCAGAAGUGCGGGUUUUCCCGGCUCUGGGCCGCCAGUGCCUUCAAGGGGGCCACGGGGGCGAGCCAGGCCCUGACGCCCACCGAGCACCACCUCAGGAACCAUGUGCAGUGGCUGCAGGUGGCGGCCAGCGGGCCGGCAGACGUGCUGCAGGGCAUCGUCCUGACCGGCUGGCAGAGGUAUGACCACUUCUCCGUGCUGUGCGAGCUGCUGCCCGUGGGGAUCCCGUCCCUGGCCGUCUGUCUGCAGUCACUCCUGCACGGAGGCUUUGCCGAAGACGUUAAAGCAAGAGUAGAGAACUUCCUCGGGAUUUCGAGCCUGAACAUCACCGGUUUUACCAGCCCCUCGGUUCUCUGUGCAGUGCAGGGACUGGCUCCUUCCCUGGCAGCGACAUCCUGGCCCUCGUCACGCAGGUCAGCCUCCACCUGCACAGCUCCGUGGACGAGCUACUGCAGAGGGACAGUCGUUUCAAACGUGUCAUUUCAAACAUGUAUUUUAAAACUGCACGAGGCCGCCUUGCCAGCCGCGUGGGGCCCACUCGCGUGUGGCUUUGCCCUCAGGUACGUGACCGGCUGGUUCAGCCCCUACCACCGCAGGCGGAAGCUCAUCCACCCGGUCAUGAUCCAGCACAUCCAGCCCCAGGCGCUCAGGAAAAUGCCUGAGACGUCGGGACCGGAAGGCAUAGACUACGAGGGACAUGGGCAUGAAAGAGGACACGGCGGGCACAGAGGUGGGGCUGCGCCCAGAACCGUCGGGAGGCGGAGGUGCCUAUGUUCCCGAAGAUGUGCUCUGCAGGCGGGCGGCGAGGGCAGAGACCGGCAGGCUCGGAAGUGGGGGAAACAGCCAGGAGCUUCGUCCAGAAGCUUGACAUGGGCAUCAGCCCAACAGCACACGGUGUGGAAUGAAGACCGAACACAAAGGACCAUGACACGGCAGGUGAGGAGACACAGGCAGUGGCACGUGCAGGGUCACGGAAGAGGGGGACCAGAGACAGCUGUGAAGGCACAAGGCUCCUCCCUCACACCUCUGAUCCAGCCCACGUGGUGCAGCUGCCGGGGGGUGCAGGACCCUCCGAUCGGCAGGUACGGGGACAGAGGCCAGGGCAGUGACCCCCUGACUCCUCACUGAGGAAGAGGAAAAAUGGGCGCACUGUUACCCAGCACGUAGGCCUGUGACAUAAAUUAGACACCUGUGGCCAAGUGUGUGAAAGCAAGUACAAGGAGAUCAUGGGGAUCUCAGAGAACAUGUGAACUACAGGGUGUUAAGUGGUGAAGAAAAGACGAGAUAGACGCACAUCACCUCUAAGGAAACCCCAGAGAAAGAAAGAAAAUCGUUGCUGUUUCGGGGGUGGUAAAACAAGAAAAAAAAUUGGUUUCAUUUUCAUCCUUUUUCAAAGUUAUGUUUUUUAUCUUGCGGGGA